CUUCAUUUCACUGAUCAUUUCCAUUAGUAGUCUAGAUUUUCUUCGUUUUUCUUCUCUCUGUCAAAAGCUGUUUGGUUCUGUGGGUUUCUUCAGUUCAUUGCACUACGGACGAAUGGGGUCCAAAAGAUUUCUUGGUUUUCUGUGGAUUGUGACAGUGUUGUCUUUCCUCAGCUCAACUCAAGGUUACAAGUUCUACGUUGGUGGCAAAGAAGGUUGGGUGGUCAGCCCUUCUGAGAAGUACAAUCAUUGGGCUGAAAGGAACAGAUUCCAAGUCAAUGACACUCUCCUUUUUAAGUACAGGAAAGGGUCAGACUCGGUGCUGUUGGUAACAAGAGAAGCUUACUACUCGUGCAACACCAGUAACCCAAUACAGUCCCUGACAGACGGUGAUUCAAUCUUUACAUUUGAUCGUUCAGGUCCCUUCUUCUUCAUCGGAGGCAAUGCUGAUAACUGCAACAAAGGCCAAAAGCUCAUCGUUGUGGUCUUGGCUGUGAGACACAAACCCCAGAAGCAGCCUCCUUCUCCAUCUCCCUCAACUGCUGUGCCAGCAACACGGCCAGUUUCUCCAGCUCCAUCUCCUGUUCCUAAGACUAACCCUCCAGUGGAGUCACCAAAGACCAGCGACACCCCAUCGGACAUUGAUGCUCCGGCGCCGGCUCCAUCGGAGCAAAAAUCAGGUUCAUUGGGAUUAGUAUGUUCUACUUCGUUAGUGUUGGGUUUCAGCGUUUGGGUGAGCAUGAUCUUGAGAAGUCUGUAAGUUCCUUGGGACGACAAAGCAGUUUUGUAUUUGGAGCUGAAUGGAGGGUUGAAAGAAGGAGGGAUUGGUCGUUAAUGAACUUGCUAUAUUAUUUUGUUCUUUAUUAUUUUCAUAAUUUCCUUCGUCGUUAAUGAAUUAGUAUGGCUUUGGUUUCAAUAUAAAUUGAUACAUGGUUCAUGGUUGACUGUUAUAUCUAAGUAUCAGCUGUGGAAGCUAAUUAUAAAUAAAAUAGUACUAAAGUUUUACAAUUGUCCAA